AUGCCUGCUUUUCAGAACCCAGAUACUGGCGCGUCAUUAAAACGCAAGCCUGAGCAACAUGACCCCAACUUCGCCAGUCGUAAGAGACAAGCAACGGAGAACGACAGCGCGUCCGGCACCUCCGCGAUGGAGGGUGAGCAUUACUUCAUGGUCCAAUGGAGGAAUCCUCAAUACAAGAAACACAAGACCUGGGAUGGAGACGCGGUGCUAGUCGUCAGCGGGAACAAGUGCACACUGUAUGAUACCGAUAACAAACAAAUAGGGAGCGGUAAGCCUCACGGAGUCGAAGGGGCGCACAAACUUGGGGAGGGCUCGGAAUUCUCCAUCGGCAGUCGGGAGGUCGAGAUCGACCACAGACUGUCGCGCGAAGACUUCUUAUCUGGCAGAUGCUUUGGGAGGGGUGGUAUUCCUGAAGUCUCUGCUACGUCAGCGCGGCCAAGUGCUGCGAAACAAUUCGUUCCUCUCAAACCGAAGACUCUAAACGGCAAGAACCCCGCAUACAUCGUGCCUGUUGUGGCGGAGAAGGAGAAGCGGGGCGUUGUCCUAGAGGCGGUUAAUUUGGUUUCAGCACAGAAGACUUCAACGAAGGGUCGCACGAAGGAGUCAUCCUGGACGGCGAAUUGCAGGCGCAAACCCCAACAGAAGAAGCAUAAGACGUGGGAUGAAGAUGGCUACGUGCUCCAUGAAGGAGAGAAGCUGACUUUGCUAUCGGAUACCGGUGUAGUACUGGGCUCGAAGAAAUGGGACGGCCUACCCCUCUACAGCGGUUACAAUUGCUUCAUUGGCAGUAGGGAAGUCGAGCUCGACAGCGAAAUUUCUCGUUCGCGACUGCCUACCAUCGUGGGCUCGUCCAAGGAACCGCCUGUUGAUCCAGACUUUGGCGAAACUUCAAGUUCUCAGACGGGGUCGUCUUUCCUAGUCGAAGCACGAAGGACAUCGCAAGAGGGUGCCAAUAGCUCAAGUCCGUCUGUGAACUCCCCCGCAUCAGCGAAGAAGUUCAUACCGCCAUCCUCCUUCUAUGGAGCGACCACCAAACCGAAACCGAAAGGGCCCUUACAUAGCCCUGACGCUCCAGGGGCGGUCGUGAUGAAGGCGCCUAGCAGGGAGCAUCAAGCGAAGUUCAACAAGAAGAAUCUACCAGUUGUUCCGGUAGUUAUCGACCCUGUGAUAGCUCGCCACCUUCGCCCUCAUCAGAGAGAAGGUGUACAAUUCUUAUACGAAUGCGUUAUGGGUCUACGCAAGCACGAAGGCCAAGGAUCUAUCUUGGCUGACGAGAUGGGGAUGGGGAAGACGUUGCAGACCAUCGCGCUUGUCUGGACAUUACUCAAGCAGAACCCGUACGCUGGUGCGGGGCCUGUUGUCGGGAAAGUACUCAUCGUCUGCCCGGUUUCCCUCAUCAAUAAUUGGAAGAACGAAUUCCACAAGUGGUUGGGUAAGGACCGGGUUGGAGUUUUCGUUGGCGACAAGAACAAGUCUACCAUCAAGCAGUUUCUUAACUCGAGGAUACACCAAGUACUCGUGAUUGGAUACGAACGUCUCCGCACUGUUAUUGACGACCUAGCAUAUUGCAACCCGCCCAUCGGCCUCAUUGUUUGCGACGAGGGGCAUAGGCUGAAGUCUGCAAAUAACAAGACGUCCACGAUGUUUGAGGCCCUCCGGACUCCCCGCCGCGUCAUUCUAUCAGGAACGCCCAUUCAGAAUGAGCUGAGCGAAUUCCAUGCAAUGGCCGACUUCUGCAACCCAGGAUUACUUGACGAUUACAGCACCUUCAAGCGGGUCUACGAGACACCAAUUCUCAAGAGCCGCGCUCCAGGUUGUAGUUCGAAGGAAGCUGAGCUUGGAGAAGCACGCUCUGCACAGCUCACAGCCAUCGCGAAGAGUUUCGUUCUGCGCAGAGAGGCCACGAUGCUGAAGAAGUACUUGCCGGCGAAACACGAAUACGUUGUUUUCAUCACGCCGACGAAGCUACAAUUGGCUAUAUUCGAGAAGAUCCUCUCCAGCGACAAGCUUGACAAUCUUGUCCGCAGCUCCACCGCAGAGUCGCUUGCUCUCAUCAAUAUGCUCACGAAGAUCAGCAAUAGCCCCAUCCUGCUUAAGGCGACCGCCGAUCAAGCGAGGCUCAAAGCACAGCAAGGUGGCGAUGUAGUGAAACGCAAUGCGAUAGAAGACGCACUCAAGCUGCUGCCCUCGGGGGCGCAGAUUGAAGAUGUUGCUCUGAGCGGUAAACUGAGUGCUCUUGCUACUCUGCUUCGGGCGCUGCACAAGCAUACUGAGGAGAAGUGCAUCAUCGUCUCUCACUACACUUCCACCUUGAACAUCAUCGAGGCGUACUGCAAGAAGAAGUCGUACACAUACCACCGCUUGGAUGGGAGCACCCCCGCGGCCAAGCGUCAGGACUAUGUCAACGACUUCAACAGGUCCUCUCAGGCAAAACGAUUCGUGUUUCUGUUGAGCUCCAAGGCAGGAGGUGUCGGGCUCAAUCUCAUUGGUGCAUCUCGUCUAUGCCUCAUUGACUCAGAUUGGAACCCCAGUCAUGACCUGCAGUCAAUGGCUCGCAUACAUCGUGACGGCCAGAAACGACCCGUGUACAUCUAUCGUUUCCUCACGACCGGUAGCAUCGACGAGAAAAUCUACCAGCGGCAAGUCACUAAGUUGGGCCUGAGUGACUUAUCUCAGGGUUCCUCCGAGUCGAAGUCCGAUUCAUUCACCCGCAAAGAUCUCUUGGACAUCUUCACCAUCAAUCCCCAUACGGCGUGCAAUACGCACGACCUUCUGGACUGCCCUUGUGAAGCAUCAGACGAAGCAGAACCUAAGCCGAUCACGAGGGAGGAGAUGGAUGAGGCAAGCUCUUCUAGCGAUGAAGACGAAGACCCAGUCAAGGGCUUCAUGGCCGCCUCGCAAGUGACGACAAAAGACGUUAACAAGAUGGACAAAGCAUACAUGAAGCAGAAGCGUGCACAGCUCGCCGCGCUUGGGGAGUGGACGCACAUCAACUGCCUCCGGCCUGGCGCUGCAGAGAAGGUCCAGGACGACAUGCUCACGCAUCUCAUCUACUCUCUACCCAAACCUGCGAGCACGUCAUCCGCCCCGCAGACGAUAACGGAGAAGCUCCUAGACGCUGUGGACAGGAUCGCCGAUGAGGAGGCGUUCUUCCAGCGGGACAAGAUCCCUGGGGGGUCGGUGUCGUUCUUGUUCGAGCGCAGCUCAAAGUUGACCUUGCAGGAACGCGAGGCGGUGGAUGAGGACGACUGA